AUGUCUUUGUUGUCAAAUUCCUCUUCAGCGGGUAACAUUGGAAAACUUGUCGAAACUGUGGGUAACAUUGAAAAGCUUGUCGAAACUGUGACCGAAUCAAUUUCCAAUUUAAACUUGAGUGCCUCAUCACAACCACCACAACCAUCGCUCUCGCAACAAAGUGAACAAAACUACGAUAAUUUCUCAUUGCCACAGUAUAAAGAUAUUACAAUUUUCCUCGAUGAGGUCACGCGGGAAUUCCAAAUCGGUCAACUUGUACACUUAGAAUCUUUUGGGCUUUACGAUGCGAUGAGCUCUAUUGAGAUAAUGGAUCCGAAAAUGGAUAGUGGAAUGAUCCUGGAUAGCGACCUCACCAAAAAACCCUUAAUUUUGAAUGCUCGCUUGACUCCGAGACAAGUGCUCGGUGUAAUUGAUCGUCUAUUUAUCUGCGAGAUGACAUGGCAUUCUGGUCAUUCACUUUCACAAACUCUAUAUACGUGCAUGUAUCUUCAUCACGUGUUGGAAUUAAAAACUGAAUUGUUCUCGAAUGAAAGAGAGCAUGAAGAAACAUCGUCGGAUGUGCCAAUAGAGUUUGUUAUUUUAGUUUUAAAAGCUUAUAUUCUGGGAACGGCGAAAUGUUGUAAUUUUGUAUUAGAAGAGAUGGUCAAAGGAAAUGUGUACGAGGAGGAGGAUUUUGCGACUAAUAAAUUCGCCCUAAAUUUGUACGAAGAUUUUCCAGAAUCUUCAGCAGUCAAUUUAUUAGAUGACGCAGAAAAUUGGUUGGAUCAGAAAGGUAGUUCUUGGCUUUUAGAAAAUGAACCAGAAAACUGGGAGAUACUCACCCAUGCAUUAAAGUCUCGACUUCGGUUACGAAAGUCGUUCCUUUUAGCUCUCAUACAUUUAGCUAAGCCGCGGUGUCAACAAUACACAGAAUCACAAAAACAUCUCUUAACAACACUGCAGAUUCUAACCGGGACAAAUGACGAACCGGGAAUCAAAGACACCAUUGAGCUUGGGGUAGAUGUUGACGGUGCCUUUGACCCACUGAUUAAUCGUAAACUUGUGUCUCAAACGCCUCCAAGACCAAUUCGCCUCUUGACCAUGCAACAGUCUCUCGAGGAAAUAGAUAAUCUUCUUAAAAAUACACUCUUGAUUUGUGGAGUAAUAGAAUAUAAAUCUGCGGACAUUCUAAUGAACUUCUUUUAUUAUAACGCUGCGCGCCAACCACCCGCUUGUGCAUAUUCGAGAUCACUAUUACAGUCGACAUUCUGUACAGAAAAUCGUAUACUGGGGAAAUUUUCUAUAUUUCAACUGAUAAAAGAUUCGGUGACCGAGAUUUCAAACCCUCCUUAUAUAUAUUUUGCCUCAAAGCCAGACACUGAUAAGCCGACAAACGGUACAAUUGUCGAUGAAACGAGAGCGAAAAUCCCACAAUUAGUAAACAAAUUUUUAGAGAGCUCCAUAAAGCCUUUGACAGAUAUUUUUAGGAUCUUAUGUCACAACCGUUCAAGACAGCGACGUAACAUGUGUAAAGUAUUAACUGACUGGGACUUAUUACAAGAAGAAGCGGAGCAUAUUGAUGCUGAAUUACAUAGUCUGAUAAAAGAGGAACCGAUCAUGACGGAAGAUGGCCCGUCCCACUCUUAUUACCUGUCUUCGUGGGUUUAUCAUCGGAAAUUAAUUUUAUUACAAGAAAUUUUAUUCCUUGGAUUUGAAUUAGGCUUAUAUGGAAACCAUGAAUUCAUAAUGAUUUAUUGGUAUGUUGAUUACCUAUUGGGCGUUCAUUAUCAGCAUCUUGAAAGGAUGCUACUGCACAUUACCACAAAACCAUCAGCAACCACCAAAGAAUCUCGAAAAGCAAAAAAACAAAAGGCUCUUCGAGCCACACCGCCUGCGACACCAUCAAUCACCUUAAUAAUAAAUAGGAAAAACAUGAUUACAGCACGACAGGAGAUUUGUCGUGGUAUAUAUCGGACUAUUGCUGGUCUCCAGAAAACUGGGCAUAUGACGGUACCUCGACUUGAAUAUGACAAUGAAGGGAUUCGCUUUUGGCAACGAUUUCGAAUGUAUCGAAAUCUUGGUAGUCCUACUCUGUUAAAAUACCGUGAAUUCAAAGAAAAUACGAAAUUUGAAAAUUUAACGGCUUUAGAUCUUUUGUCUGCAUCAAAGAAAAAUUAUGAAACAGCCAAGACGGCGAUAGAUCAUCUGAUGAAAAUGAAUUUGAGUGAAUCGAGAAUGGACUUGUGUGAAGCUGAUUUCAAAAAUGAUCUAAAAGCCAUGUUCCGUGUGUGCAUAGCAAACAUUGUCGGUUUGCAAAAAAUGCUUCAAGAUCCUGAAGUAUUGACAUCCUCAACACGAAAAGAGAAAAAAUCGCAAUCAUCACCAUCGCCAUCUUCAUUAUCAAACACUUCAUCUACAACUGAUAUUGCUACAUCUGAACCUAAAUCUUCACGAACUAAAUACGUUGAUUUUGAAUUUAAAUAUCAUCCGUGGUAUCCAGUAAUAUCACUUUUGCCUUGA